CCAGAGCGAGGGGCAGCAGCGAGUGAGCAGAUGUAUGGAUGUGGCUAUCGAAGGAGGAAUUUGAUGAGUUAUUGACCAUGCAGGUGGAAAGGAAGCCCUAAUAAACAAAUAAAUCGUUUUGCAACAGGGGACUGUGGAUGCAGAUAAGAGCGCGGUGCGACACCCAUCAGCGUGAUUUACAGUCCAGGCGGCGUUGGUGGUCCUAGUGGCGGAUUAAUAACCAGUCAUAAAGAAGAGGGGGGGUUGUGAGUUGCAGAAGAAAGAGAGUGAAAGCCCCGAUAGAGGAAGGAAGAGAGAGGAGGAGUGUGUAGAAGAGAGAGAGAGGAGAGUACAUAAAGCCUGAGACCGGACCAUGAGCUUCGCGUUACCUUACGGAUCGCUGUCAGCGCGACCGAGUCCCAGUCGACGCUCUUUGGACUGGGAACACGAACGUCUGGCUGAGCGAAGGCUUUCCUCGCCACGGGGUCUCGAUCUGCUCUCUCCACCUCCUCUUCCUCGCAGACCCUCAGCGAUCCCCGGCUACCUGCUGCCCCCUUACCAGGAGCAGGAGGAGCAGCUCCACCAGCAGCAUCAGCGACUUUCCUUGUCCAUCGGCUCAGAGGCUUCCCUGGCUCCCCCAGCACCUCAACCUGUGGGCGCUGCCCCACCUUGCUGCCGCCCAGUGGGAGUCAUGCACCUCCUGCGCCUGGGUCUCCUGGCCUUCAGCUGCCUCUUUUGGGCGGCUGGCUUGGCCAUCUUCAGCCUGGGCGUUUGGGCACAGAUUUCCCUGGCAGACUUCAUGCUGCUCUCAGCCAAUCGCUACCCCAACGCUCCGCUCAUCCUUCUGUCCACAGGUGCUGCUGUUACCACCUGGGGCUUCCUAGGUUGUCUUGGGGUGGCUGCAAAUCUACCCUGCGUUCUCAGGGCUUACGGGUUCUUUCAACUUACUGCUCUUGUAGCCGGUUUGGCCGCCGGACUCUCAGGUCUCUUCUAUCGUGAAGACAUUGCUGGAGGGUUUCGCAGCGGCUUACUGCGAGCUGUUGCCGGCUACACCGAAGAUGAAGGCCGGGCUGAUGCAUUAGACAGCCUGCAGAGGGCCCUGGAGUGUUGUGGAGCAGAGGGUUGGCGCGACUGGCUCACCUCAGACUGGGCUAUCCAGCAUAUGACCUUCCUGCCAAGUGAGAACGGCAGCACCGUGUCCUUGCCGGACAGCUGCUGCAUGAAGCGUAAGGGCUGUAAGAAUCGACCUCUCCUGUCAGAUUACAUCGAAGAAGUUGAAGCUGCAGGAAUCCACCCACAUGGCUGCUUCCGCAAAGUCUUCAGUUUGGUCAACGACAACGUCUUCCACAUCGCUGCUACUGUAUUAGGACUGGCCUUUACUCAGAUUGGAGGCAUUGCACUGGCCUGUCUGCUGGCUAAUAAAAUGACACCAAGACAACAUCGACGUGUUGUGGCACAUUAACAGUUACCUUUUGAAAUUAGCAACCUUCGCCAAGAAUUGACCAGUUGGUUCAAAUGGGGAUUAAAUAUGCUUUUAGGGAUCAUAGAGUCGCAAAGUGGGGAGACUUAUUUUGAGCAUUUUAUUGCCAUUCCUCUUCUCUCUUGUCAGUUGAGGUGACAGGUAUUUAAUGCUUUCCGAUCUGUGCUCUUUUAUUCCCUGAGAAAACACAGUUUGAGCCCCUGAACAUGGAAAACCCAUGUCCACCUGUCAUACAUUCAACAGUUACUGGGUUCUUUAUGGAUGAAUUUAGAAAAUCGCUUAAUUAAAUCACAGUGUGGACCAUUAACCUUUAAGAUUAUCCAACAGUUAAAUUGAUUGCAUUGAAAAGUAACGGGACUAUGCAGGAUACUAUGAAUAUAAGAUUGGUAAUAAGGAUUUCAGUAAAAUCAAAUCAAGGAACCUGCAAUGAUUCCCACUUUGCAACUCUCUUAACUCUCAGUAUUUGCCAGAUUGCGCAGCUGAACUGUAAAUACUUACCUGGAGCCUUUUAUUCUUCAUUUACAAUGUGACUGUCAAAUAAUUGUGUAAAUACAUGCAUGGGUUAAUAUGCUGCAGUAUAUCGAAUGUAUGAAAGAAUAAAAAUGACCCAUUAAUCCCUCCUCAAGUACAUGACAGCUCAAUGCACAGGAAUGUUCACCAGCAGUUUUCCACUAUUUAGUCUGUGUUCAGCAAAUGUUCCUGUCUCCAUCACUGAGUCUUCCCAUCACAAAGACGACACUGUGCUAGAAUGGUGCUUUAAAAACAGCUAAAUGUUAGAAUGCUGUUUAAAGUGUUUGUGUUGCUGAAAGGCUGUACAGUUUCACUUACUGUGUUGAAAUGCUGUAAGGUAAUGGCUGCUUGAAAUUAUUCCUCCUUCUCUACUGUAUGUUGCUACAGUUUGUAAA